AAGGUGAAAUGUGAAGGAUGCCUCUACUCCUCUAAUAGUGGGGCUUUUUCGCAGCUUUUUAUAUAAACUAUAUAAAUCACAGCCACUGUGCCCAUAUUAGUACAAACCAUGAAAGUUAUCGGUGUGAUUGUCAUCCUGGUCGCCGCCGCCAGCGCCGCCCCCCAGCAGGGCCGUGACGCCCAAAUCCUGCGGUUCGAAAACGAAAACAUUGGGAUCGACGGAUACAAAUUCAGCUACGAAACUAGCGACCCCAUAACCAGACAAGAAACAGGCGAAUUGACCAACGCUGGAAGCGAAAACGAAGCAAUCAUAGUUAAGGGAGAAUACAGCUAUGUGGGUCCUGAUGGGAAGACCCAUUCUGUCAGCUUCGUAGCUGACGAAAAUGGAUACAGACCCAGUGCCAAGACUGCCAGAAAGUAAAAGCUCAAAACGGAUUUGGAAUUGUGUUGAGUUGUUCAACAUCUUGUAAAAAGUCUUAAAUACAUAACUGACCUAUA